CGGGUGGGAAAAGAUAACUUCCAAGUUAGACAACUAGCUAACUCGUUUUUCUGUCUACAAUUAUCAUCGGUUUUAAUCAGUUUUCGCUGGAAGCGGUUAAUAUCUGAUUGCAAGUAAAGACAAUCUUUUUUUCUGCUUUAGAGGUAUAUAUUUGGAUGUCUGUACCUGUGAAGGUCUAAACCCUCAUCAUGUCUGUGAGAACUCUUUCAUUCAAGGCUCUUCUGUUCCUCGCAUUGUAUCAGGUUGGAUACCGAGGUCUUGCUUCUGCCCCUGAUCUACGGGAACCGCCGAAGAAAAUUGCCAUCGUUGGAGCUGGAAUCGGAGGAACAGCAGCAGCGUAUUUUCUCAGGCAGGAGUUUGGACCUGGCGUCAAGAUUGACGUGUACGAAGCAGGCACCGUUGGAGGACGCCUUGCUACAGAGAACAUCGAGGGCCAGGAUUAUGAAACGGGAGGCUCCAUAAUACACCCACUUAAUUUGCAUAUGAAGCACUUUGUGGAUAGACUAGGUCUGUCAGUCCGUACUGAAGUCCCUUCGAAAAUGGCCAUCUUUGACGGGACGGAGCUGAUGUUUGAGGAGAGCGAUUGGUUCAUUGUGAACUUCCUCCGCAUGCUGUGGCGCUACGGCUUCAACGCUCUGCGCAUGCACAUGUAUGUGGAGGGACUUCUGGACAAGUUUAUGAGGAUUUAUCAGUACCAGCAGUUCAGCUACUCAUUCUCGAGCGUUGAUCGACUGCUGCACGCGAUGGGCGGAGACGAGUUUCUCGCUCUGCUCAACCAGACGCUGGAGGAAAGCAUGCUGGCUAAUAGCUUCUCUCAGACCUUUAUCAACGAAAUCGUCACCCCGAUAUCACGUGUUAAUUACGGCCAGAGCGUUCGCCUGCACGCCUUCGCUGGUUUUGUGGCCCUGGCUGGCGCUGAGUCUGGCCUCUGGGCUGUGGAUGGAGGUAAUAAGCGAGUCUGCUCUGGGCUUCUGUAUCACAGCAAAGCUGAACUCAUUUCAGCUCAUGUGACCAACAUCGCUAUCAAAACGAGGCCCUUUAAAAGCGGCACCAUCACAAACUUUUAUGAAGUGAACUACGUCAGUGAAUCAGGCCCCGCCCACAGCCUUUACGACAUUGUGGUUUUGGCCACGCCUCUCCACCUGGGUCUGUCUGAUAUCACUUUCUCAGGAUUCUCUCCUGCCCUGCCCUCACACUUUCCUGGACGCUACCACCAGACAGUGAGUACGCUAGUCCUUGGGCGUCUCAACGUCUCCUACCUGGACUCCAGAUGGAAACCGAGCGAGUUUUUCUUCUCUGAUGUUUUUACAACAGAUAACGAGAAACUGGGCAUUUCCAGCAUGAGCUCCCUGGACCCUGUUCACAUCACGCCAGGCUAUUCGCGCCCUCCGGCCAGCCAGACUACAGUGUGGAAGGUUUUUUCUCCUGAGCCCCUGACCGAGAAGCAGCUGAGGACGCUGUUUGUCUCACGAGAGCAUGUGGUAGAGAAGCGCUGGCUGGCGUAUCCGUUCUACAAAGCACCAGAGCGACAACCUCCACCUUUCAUCCUUCAUCAAAACCUCUACUACCUCAGCCCCAUCGAGUGGGUAGCAUCAGCGAUGGAGAUGAGCGCUCUCUCAGCACGAAACAUAGCACUGCUUGCUUACCAUCAGUGGCAUGGACACACGAUGAAGGUGGAUCAGGAAGGGCUGCACGCCCGCCUCCGGGGGGAGCUGUAGAGACGCAAGAGGCGCUUUUAACGAGGACAAUCAAGAAAUUUACAAUCCACUGGCUGUUCAAGUGUGUGUGUGUGUGUGUGGUGUGUUUUUAAUUUUAGGAAAAAGAUGAUGCUCCAAGCAUCCAAGGAGGCUUUCCAUCCUCAUUUCUUUUUGGGUGUUUUUCAAGAAAGUUGAAUUGUAAGAACAAAUU